AUGGCAAGACUCACUGAUGAUGCCGACUACGAUGCCAGCGAAAAGUUUGAGAACGUACCAAGUCCACUGUCUGAUGCUUUGAGUUAUGACAACUACUAUGACGGACGACUUCGGACUAGGAAUGCCGCUUACGAUGCCGGCGAAACGUUUGGGAAUGUACCCAGCCAAUGGACCAAUGCUGAAAAUCAUGAAUACUAUGGUACAGGACACGGUACUAGGCACAUUCCACAACCUCUCCCUGACGCUCUGAUUAAGUUGCAAAACAAGGUCUAA